CUUGCUUAUUCAUUCCUCUUACCCAAUUACAAAGAAAAUCAAAAUAGCAAGAUGCAGAGGCCAAGAUUUGAAUUGCCAGAAGCUUUGGUUAUGGGAAUUCUGUCAAAGCUUCCAGUUAAAUCCCUUACUCGCUUCAACUGUGUUUAAAAAAAUUGCAAGUCGAAGAGGAUUUGAUAUCUAAAAGCAUUUUAGAAGGCCAAUGAUUCAAAAGCAAUACUCAGCAUCCCAAUUCUCAACUAUAAGAAGCCUUGCACAAUGGAGGUCUAGCAUUGUGCAAAAGCUACCACUGAAACAAUGGCUUAUCUUCAACCAUUAAUCUUCUAUAUUCUGGCUGCUCUUGCAAUAUUCUCGCUUAUCUCCAAUAGCCUAGUCAAGGUCUUCCGCACUGACCUCCAUACCAUUACCAAUCUAAGAUUGGUCCCUUGGGGCAAUGCUGAAAUCCAUUGCCAGAAAGAGCACUUGGAAUUCAUUCGCUGCACAGAGCAACAAAGCUUAAAGGGGGGGCCCGUUGAAGCACUGUGGAAAAAUUGCAGUGAAAAGCUGAGAUUGAAUGAGGAGAUAAUCAACAAAUGCUAUACUACUGGAUUUGGAUAUAAGCUUCUGCUGCAAUAUGCUAACGAGACUGCACAUCUGAAGCCACCUCAAGAAGAUGUGCCAUGGGUGGUGGUGAAUAAUCAGCCACUCAGACAAGACUUUGAAAAUUUUGUGAAAUAUGUGCGCCAAGAUUAUAAAGGAGAUCAUAAACCAGCUACUCGCAAAGCACAAUCAUCCAAUCUCAGCCCAAUCAUCCAUGCAUCAUUUGCAGUACCUCAGCAACCAGCAAUUCCGCACUUCUACAAGCUGGCACUUCAAUGGCCUCCAUCAGUUUGCAGCUCUACUUCGAGAUGUAAAACCCCUAUCCCAACAGAAUUUACAAUACAUGGAAUUUGGGCACAAGAUGCUAAUGACAAGCCGGUGACCCAGUAUGGUCCAAGUAAUCUUUGCAACAAUCCGAAUCCUAAUCUAGAUAAGAAGAAACUCGAAAGUUUGCUGAAAAGUGAUCCAGUUCUUUGGGUAGACUUGCCCCGACUAUGGCCAAACUUGAUAUUGGGAAAGUUAGACAUUAGCUUUUUGCACAACGAAUGGACAAAACAUGGCACAUGUUCCGACUUUGCACCAUAUCCUCUGGCAUACUUCCAAUCGGCCAUACAACUUAGGACAAAUUUAGAUCCGGCUAUGGGACUCACACCUAGAUCCACCUAUACGGUCCGACAAGUUGCGGACAUAGUUUUCCGACUUAUAGGAGCAUCUCCACAAAUUUCAUGCAGUAAACACAGAAGAACUAGAGUUCUACUACUCGGGGAGAUGUUUAUUUGUUAUGGAAGACCGGGGCCAUCCCAUACCUUUGGAACUCCCCAAAAUUGUUCCAACUUAUUUUACGGCCUAUGCAGUAAUGGAUCCGAUACCAUAAAAUUACCAUAGCCAGCUUUACCACAAUUGUCUCAUGUAUGUUUAAAAAUGUUUAAUGUAAUAUCUGAAUUAUCAAUAUGUAUUUUAUUACAGUACUCUAAAUUAUCAUAUGCGUUUUAUUGAGCUA